GGUAGGGGAGUGUGCCCAUCCCAAGCCAGCCUCUCACCUUUUCCUCUGUCCCUUGGGCAGGGCAGACCCAGAAGGCCUGAGCAGCAUCUGCCCCCAGCCCCCUGUGGGGCCCCGGGGCCCCCUGAAACCUCCAGGACGGAGUCAGACGGGGCUGGCACAAUGAACAAGUUAAGGCAGAGCCUGCGGCGGCGGAAGCCAGCCUACAUGCCUGAGGCAUCACGCCCGCACCAGUGGCAGGCAGACGAGGACGCGGUGCGCAAGGGCACGUGCAGCUUCCCAGUCAGGUACCUGGGUCACGUGGAGGUGGAGGAGUCCAGGGGGAUGCACGUGUGUGAGGAUGCUGUGAAGAGGCUGAAGGCGAUGGGCCGGAAGUCCGUGAAGUCGGUCCUGUGGGUGUCAGCCGAUGGGCUCCGAGUGGUGGAUGACAAGACCAAGGACCUGCUGGUGGAUCAGACCAUUGAAAAGGUCUCCUUUUGUGCUCCUGACCGCAACCUUGACAAGGCUUUCUCUUACAUCUGCCGUGAUGGGACCACCCGCCGCUGGAUCUGCCACUGUUUCCUGGCACUCAAGGACUCCGGCGAGAGGCUGAGCCACGCCGUGGGCUGUGCUUUUGCUGCCUGCCUGGAGCGGAAACAGCGGCGCGAGAAGGAAUGUGGGGUCACGGCUACCUUCGAUGCCAGCCGCACCAGCUUUGCCCGCGAGGGCUCCUUCCGCCUGUCUGGGGGUGGGCGGCCCACUGACCGAGAAGCCCCGGACAAGAAGAAAGAGGCGGCAGCUGCCCCCACUGCGGCUCCCGGCCCUGCCCAGCCUGGGCGCGUGUCCCCGACACCGGCCACCACAUCCCCUGGUGAGAAGGGUGAGGCAGGCACCCCCGUGGCUGCAGGCACCACCGCAGCCGCCAUCCCCCGUCGCCACGCCCCCCUGGAGCAGCUGGUUCGCCAGGGCUCCUUCCGUGGGUUCCCGGCGCUCAGCCAGAAGAACUCGCCUUUCAAACGGCAGCUGAGCCUGAGGCUGAAUGAGCUGCCAUCCACGCUGCAGCGCCGCACUGACUUCCAGGUGAAGAGCACAGUGCCUGAGAUGGAGCCGCCUGGGGCCAGCGACAGCGACAGCAUCAGUGCUCUGUGCACACAGAUCAGCUCGUCUUUUGCCAGUGCUGGAGCGCCAGCACCAGGGCCGCCGCCUGCCUCCACAGGGACGUCUGCCUGGGGCGAGCCGUCGGUGUCCCCGGCAGCCGCCUUCCAGCCUGGGCACAAGCGGACGCCUUCGGAGGCCGAGCGGUGGCUGGAAGAGGUGUCCCAGGUGGCCAAAGUGCAGCAGCAGCAGCAGCAGCAGCAGCAAGUGUCCUCGGUGCCUGCCGCACCCCCUCCCCUGCAGCCCUUCCCCGCCCCCGUGGGGCCCUUCGAUGCCGCACCUGCCCAGGUGGCCCUGUUUCUGCCACCCCCACACAUGCAGCCCCCUUUUGUGCCCACCUACCCAGGCUUGGGCUACCCGCCCAUGCCCCGCGUGCCCGUGGUGGGCAUCACGCAGCCAGCACCCACCCCAGCCCAUGAGUUGGACCCCUUUGAGGCCCAGUGGGCAGCAUUAGAAGGCAAACCCGCCGUAGAGAAGCCUUCUAACCCCUUCUCGGGCGACGUGCAAAAGACCUUCGAGAUUGAACUGUAGCCCCAGCCGCCCUGCCCACCCCAUGAUCUCCAGGUGCCCCACACCUAGGAGUUGAAGCCCACCUCUCCCCUCAUCUUGCUCCCUGGGGCUUCGCCCCUCAAUAUCCCUCUAACUCCUCCUCUCGACCACCCCCACAACCACUAUAGAACCGACAUUGUGACGCCCAGGUUUCCACAGGAUGGAAUUCAGGACAGAUCAGCCUGGCAAUGCUCCCUCCCCCACCCCAGGCACUGGGAUGGCUGUAGUCCCACGGAGCGCCCUCGGUUCAAGCUACAGUUUCCAGUUUCUGUUGUUGACCUUCCACCUUCCACUGUUGGAUGGGCUGGGGGAGGGAUGUCCAUUUAGGGGCUCUCCUGGGCCCCACAUGGUUGCCCCCCCCACACACAGCACAAGCAAAGGGCUUCCCUCUGCCCACCCGCUGCGUUCACUGCCAAUGCUGUGCUCACCGUUAGCCCUCUCCCCCACUCGGCCCACAUCUUCCUUGGACCAAGGUCUCUUGGGGGCAGGGGCCAAGUUGGGGGCCCAGGAAGUGAGUUUGGGGGGAGGGCAAGGAGAUGCUCAGUUACCUCACGUUGGUGCCCCCUGGGGAGGGGCCCAGAGGAAGGGGGAGGGGUGCCUGGCGGGUACUUUUCUAUCUUUUAUUUCCAGAUUUUUUUGUAUCUAAACUUGCAGAUUUGUAUUAUACCAGGAUAGCCAAUAAAGGAAGAAUAUAAUGGUGCCCCUCAGGAAAGCGGGGUGUGUGUCUGGGAGGGACGGUGAGGUCACAGCCUUCCUCCUGAGGCGUCCCCUAAAGCAAGAGGGUCUCCCUGCAUGAUAACCCGAGUCAGAACGUAGCAGCAGGUAGCAGCUGGCCUGGCACGGAGAGGUGAGUAGUAAAGGGUGCCCACAAUUAAUCACCCCAUUUCUGAUGCUUCAGAUUUUGAACCCAGGAAUUAAAAUUCUAAUCUGCUGCUAAUAAGUUCAGUAUUAAAAUCCCUUCAAGUUAACGAGGUUUGGAAUAGUAUGAGCUGGUCGAUUCUUGUGUCAUCGAUUGUAUUCUCUGUAACCGAGACCAAAGUGACAUUUGAUGUGGCAGCAUGUUCCAAGUCUGUCUUGUUUUGGGCCCCUGGAUAUAAUCUACCUUAUAUAUUUUUAAAUAUAUAAAUUAUAUGCUUAACUCUU